UUAAAUGUAACAGUGAGCGAACAGUUCCUCAGUAAAACACUUAAUUAAUAAGAUAAAUAAUCUUGCUGUUAAAUGAGGAAGGGAAGAAGAGAUUGCUGCAAACACAUCUGAUAAAAAAACAACAACACUAUUUUCCUGCUGUUUUAACAACAGCUGUCACAUCAUCACCUCAGUGCUCUGAGCAGAUUGAGCUCUUCUGAUACUGAUGCUCAUUCCUGUUUGUUCGCACAGCUGCGCCUAGAUGAGACCCAGGAGGCAGAGUACCAGGUGUUGAGGAUGCAACUGCAGCAGGAGCUGGAGCUACUCAACGCCUACCAGAGCAAGAUCAAGAUCCACACAGACACUCAGCACGAGCGGGAGGUGAAGGACCUGGAGCAGAGGGUGUCCAUCCGCCGGGCGCUACUGGAGCAAAGGAUCGAGGAGGAGAUGCUCUCCCUGCAGAAUGAACGUUCGGAGCGAAUCCGGACUUUGCUCGAGCGUCAGGCUCAUGAGAUCGAGGCCUUUGACUCAGAGAGCAUGCGUCUCGGAUUCAGCAACAUGGCACUGAGCGGCAUCCCGGCCGAGGCCUUCAACCAGGGCUACCCAACCCCCAGUCCCUCCUCGGGCUCCAGUGGGUGGCCCUCCCGUCCCGUCCCCCGCUCAGGGAGCCACUGGAGCCACAGCGUGCAGAACUCGGUGUCUACUCCAUCCUGGCGCAGUCAGAACCACAGCGGGGGAAGCUUCAGCCGCGCAGAGUCCAUCACCUCUUCCCAUGGCCUCGGCAGGGACAGUGAGCUGCACAAGAGCAGCAGGGGCCACUCCUCCUCCUCCCACUCCUCCCACCAUCAUCACCAGCAGCACUACCUCCCUCAGCAUUACCAGCACCAUCAGAGCACGCCACAGCUCUACCGGGACAGCCACGACAGCAGGGAGCGCGAGCGGGCCAGGGAGUGGGUGGGAGGAGGGGGUCACUACCCCCAUCACUCCCAGGUCCACCACCACCACCUCUCAACCCACGCUUCCUCUCAGUCCUUGGCUCUCCUGCCUCCCCCACCACCACCUCCUCCCAUCUCUCUCUCCUCCUCCUCUCCUCCCUCCUCAGCCUCUUCAUCGUCAUCGUCACAGGGAGGCUACGGGGGCGGGGGCCUGAGCAUCAGGGGCCCCAGUUUGAUGGCCCUCAGAAACAGCCCCCAGCCUCUGAGGAGGACGGCCUCUGGAGGGCCGGGGGGUGGCGGGGGGAGCGACGGAGGGCUCAGCCGGAGCACAUCGGUCACUUCUCACAUUUCUAACGGCUCUCACCUCUCUUACUCAUGAAACCACCCGAUUUCUCCUGUCAUUUUGCUUCUGUAAAGAAGCCAACAGAAGUAGAAGAAAACCUAUCAGAGAGAGAGAGAGAGAGAAUUUUAAGUUCUUAGCAUAUUUUAAGAGGCUUCAUAGAGCCGGAGCAAAGUAAAUCCGUCAUAAAACAACAAAAAAAACAAAAACAAAUAACCCCACUUUUAAGUGUAAAUUUUAAUAUCUCCUUUCUCACAGUGUGUAUAAAUGUUCUUGAUACACAAGAAAAGAAAGAGAGGAAGCCCUUUUUUUUUUUGAGUCACUACAGAGAAAUACACGAGUAUUAAGACCCAGAGCAUCACUGUUAACCUCUUCCACACAUUAAAGAGUUGCACAGGAACAGUGAUGAAACUAAACGACGACAUGUCCACAUGUGAAAAAUGAGCCAUGUGCUGCAAAAUGAGCAAGUCGAACUGUAAAAUCUGACAAAAAACAGAAUGACUUGAGUCCAUUUGUUCAUUUUGUGGCACAUUGAAUCUGUUGCACAGUAAUGACAGUUUAACUGCAGGAGACUAGUGUCACCUGUUGGACCAGUUUGAGAUUCAGGUUUGAGACCUUCAGAGUCUGACAGCAGGUUUAAAGUUGAGCUGGCGGGCGGGAUUAAAUUCUGGUUUUCAGCGACAGUUGUGGAGCUUCCACUCGGCUAGCGGUGCUUUAAAAACCACUGUAACUAUGUAAAUAACGGUAAAUUGUAAACCCAGUUUUUUGAUUUGUAAGUGUUUCAUAUGUUCAGCGGGGCGGGGGUCAACUAAGGGAAGAUUUCUUGAAAACACAUUUCUUUUAUUUGUAGUGAUAAAUAAGAUUCUGUAUAUGACAAUUAAAGAAACACUGCCAUCUCUUUGUUGGGCUGACCCAAGACAACUCUACCACUGCCCUUUAAGUCUUCUUAAAGAAACAGUCUGACAUUUUUGAAGCAAGCUUGUUUGCUGUAUCAGUUGGGAGUCAGAGGACGAGAUAAUUAGAUGUUAAUCAGUUUAAUCUCUGGGUGUUCAGUACAGACAUUUAGCUUUAGCAGGAGGGAACUGUUAACCUCCCAACAACCUUAACACUCGCACAUGUAGUCACAGUUAGAUGCAGGAGGAAAGAAUGAGAUAGCACAGCUUUAAACAUUGCAUUUAAGAAGUCGGAUCCUUUUUAAGAAAAGUUGUUAACACUUUGCCAGCUCUGAAUAAAACGCAGGUUUUGGUGGGCAAUAAAUUCCUCUAAUAAAAGUACAUGUCAUUUCAUAUUCUGAUAUUGAUAUGUCACCUGUCUACAUUGUGACAAGUUCAUUUAUAAAGCACAUUUAAGACACUAAGGCAAUUGAGAGUGCUUUACAUAAGGCAUAAAAAAUAUCAAUACAAUAUACAAAUACACAGAAAACAGAAAAUAAAACAAUAUACAUCAGAAAGAAAGCAGGGGUGUCUAACAAAUUUAAUGCCUAACAUCGAUAUAAAAGUCAGCCUUUUUUUGUUUCAAGGACCCUUAUGUAGAUCCACAUUAGAUCACAGACGUCCAUGUGAUAAGAUUUUACUUUUUUAGAUUUUAGCAAUUUUAAACUGAAAACAUUUUGCUUGUUUGAUUUGAUUAAGACCAGAAUUCUGUAGUUGAACUACAAUUGAGGAGAAAACCAUUGAGGAAGUGAAACCUGUGAUUGGCAUAGUCACUCUUGCAGUGUUUCAAAUUUGAACCUUUUUUGUAUUUUUUGGGCAUUUUUAUGUCCUUUAUCAGAAAGACAACAGGAGAGAGAUGACAGAAACCGAGCCCCACUAGAAUCCAUGGUACACUGGAUGUUAUUAAACACUUCAAUCAUAUAAAUGGAAGUAUUUUAAAUGGUAUUGCAUACAACUGGAAUUAUGGAUGCCUUUUCCCCCAGGAGAUCUGGUCACACCCUGUAGUUUAUUGGUUAUGUAACUAUAAAUAUGCUAAAAAAGCAUACUCUGUGAGCUUAGAUAUGCGUAUUUAUGUAUGUAUUUGUGUAUAUAUCAAGUUUCCCUGAUGUUUAAACAAAAGGUUCAACUUAGAUUAGUUGACUGGAGUAAAAGUAAGACAGCACUCAGACAACAGUAAAAAUUCAGCACAAUUGAAUCUUUAAGGGUAAACACUGUAAAAACAGCUUAUGUUAUGAGAGCCAUUUGAGAUUGAUAAUCACAUUUUUCAAAAACUAAAUUGCAUUUUAAUUACAGUGUGCACAAAACGUGACAACUUGGAGACUAGUGAGGGUAGCAACGUUUAACAAUUACAGAAACAUACCUUUGUGUACACGUAGUUCUGACCUAACAUAUUCAGAGAUGUUAAAGGAAUAGACACUGUGGCAUAAACAAUAUAUUAAAAGAUAUCUGAUGGUAAAUUCGUUCAUGUGGACCCAUGGUUCAUAUUGCUCACCAGGGAUUUACUUGCUCACCAAGAAUACGCAACGUUAAAACAAGAUCAUAUUUUACUUUCCUUGUGCUUCCACAUGUCUGUACUGAACUCGCAGAGAAGACAGAAACCAGUGAUCUCAUAAGACUCAAGUUAUAACUCGAGCAAAAUGUCCCAAAAAGUCAGAUUGCUCCUUUAAAGGGACGCUGCCAGAGUAUUUUUGAGUGAGCCGAGUGCUAAAUCUGUGUGCGAUCUUUGCUGAAAGAGUGUGUGCGCGUGUGCGUGUGCUGACAGCUUACCUACACCUCCACCUGUCGUUCUCCUCUUCACAGUCUGGUCUGCAUCUGUAGAUAAGAUGUACAUGUUACAUUACAAAUUAGUACAAUUCAGUGCAUGGAACUUGUGUACAGACAGCAUUUGUAUGGAUAACAUGCACACUACCUAUUUAUAUAAAUGCAUAUAAAUGUAAGAUACCUGUAAAUGUAGCAGGUAUACUGAAGAUUGUUCACUGUCCAAACACUUUGGCUUGCAUUGUACUUACCAGUGUACAUAAAGCACUAACUGAGACUGUGUUAGAGUAAUAAUAAUGAUUCUUGAUGUUGUACUAGAUGCAGACAAAUAGACGCUAUCAUUAUUAUUACCUCUACUGCAGCUGUAAUAUUUAUGUUGUAUGCUAAUUUUUAAAAAUGUAAUUGCCAAUUUUGACCACUAGGUGGGGGAAUAAGCGCAAUGUUACUGUGAUAGAGCUAUAAAAAGAAAAAAAAAUAUUAAUGUUUCUUAGGAGGACAAAAGGACUACCUUUCCCAGCAUUCCUGUGGAGGUCUCAGGGUGGGAGUCUACAGUUCUGGGGAGGGCUACUUUUGACUUUUUACUUUUUAUUUUGAGCCAGUAUUACCAGGUGGAGCGUUCAAUGGUGGAGCUGAAUAAUAGUAAUAAUUUCUUUCAUGACGUUUGGUGCCAUGUUUUUAUUUUAAUUUUAUAUUUUGCACCCUGAAGUCUUUGUGCAAAGGACUUUUCCCCAAAAAACACUGUAACCUGCAAAAAAACAGACCCCAGAAGUGUUCAAUGUUAGAUCAUUCAAACAGAGGAUAUAAAUAGCAAUAUGGAUUAAAAAAAUACAUAUAUGAACAUACAUUUGAUCAUUUUGACAAGAACAGUGUUUUUGGAUAUCAUAUUUAUUUCACUAUAGACAUUUUGAGCUAUUUCAAUUCUGUUUUUCUCAGUGACAUGUUAUAUUUCAUGCCACUUUAUUCCAAAAUUCCUUUUUCUUAUUUACAUUCACUGUGGUGAGUUCCAAAAAGGCAUUUUGAAAUAAUAUUUUUCUUGCAUUUGGUCUAAAACUCUUAUAGAAAUAAGCGAUAGAAUAACAUUUACCAAAAUUCGGUUGAGUUUUAAUAAUUUCUUAACUAAUUUCGUAUAUUUCUGUUAGUUUACACAGGUUAUUGAUAUGAUUAUAUAUAUAUCCCAAACUGAUUUAUUGAUUUGACAUUGAACACUUUGUGGGGCUUUUAUAACAGAACGUUUCCAGAUAAACAGCUCAUCAUUUGAUUUUGCACAGUGUGAAUGGGUAGAAAAAUCAUCUGGUCACUUCCUGCAGCGUCGGCGUCCUGACGGGUGGAAAAUAAAUCAGCUGAUUUCCUGCCAACGCGUCACAUGGCCCUCCAUCACUGCUGCAGGAGGCUGACCUCAGUGUGAUCUGAUGCUGUCUGUAGUUGUCACGUCUACCUCAUUUGCACUGAUAGUAAAAGAAUGUUUGGGUGUAUUUAAAAUAAUGCAUAUUUCUGGUAUGCAGACUUUGGAUUUUGCUUCAGUAUUUUUAGUUUAUUUCCCGUCUUUGUGCAAAUGUUUGACAGGAGAUGCAGAUUGAGAUCAGGAGGGGACAGAAAACGCAUCAGAGUGGAAGCUGGAAUUUUUUUUAAUUUUUUUUUUAUGUCAUCUUUGCAGGACAUGCUGGACUUUAAUCCCAUGUGGAGACACUAGAGACAUUCAGGUGGUGAAAACAAGUCACCCAACAUGUUGUAUUGAUCUGUGCUGAUGGAGAUGAUUGGCAGGAACCUGCUGGCCGCAGGCCGAUCAACUUCUCCAUCAAAAACCUCUAGAAAAUGUUUGUGAGAUUUCAUUUUGCCAACUUUUUUUUAAAUGCAUUAUUUUGUAAAGAGUUUUAGUGCUGAUCAUUCCGAGGUUGUGUUAUUUCUUAUUUUUUGCCAAUCAAAGCUGCACUCAGUACCUCCAGCCGAGAGAAAAGUAGAAGUAGAUUUAUCCAGUUUGUAUUGUUGGAGUCACCUACAGCUGUGAGUUCAACACAUCAGUUUACUGACAUCAGGAUUUCUGUGUUUUCAUAUCCUAAAAAUUAAAGGAACAUUUUGGGAAAUUUUCAUGUUUGCUGUCAGAUGAGAAGAUGUUUCAGUCUAAAGCAGCAACUAAUGAUUAUUUUAAUUAUCCAUUAAUAUGCUGAUUAUUUUCUCAAUAAUUUGAUAAUAUAUUUGGUUAAUGGAAGGUCUGAAAAAAAGUGAAAAUGCCUGUUAAUUCUUUAGUUCUUAGCAACUCUGCAACACAUGAAAAUAUUCUUUUUUGAACUGAAAGGAUUAGUCAAUUAAUGGAUUAAGUAGCCGACAGAAAAUGAGUUGGUGACUGUUCACUUUUUUUUUCAUUAAUUGACUGACUGUGUGGCUUAUAAAAUGGUCUUCAGAUGUCUUGUUAUUUCUGACCAACAGUCCAGCCACAUUUAGUUUACCGUCAGAUAAACCGGAGAAAAACUACAAAUUAUUUUACAAGAAGCUGGAAAUUUACUUAACCUUUUUUUUUUUUAUUAUAAAUUGAUUAUCGAUUAAACUGUCAGUUGAAUUCAGCUGUUUAUCAGUUAAUUAUUUCAGCUCUAAUUUAGUUGCCAUUGUUGUUUUGUCAGAUGAAGUCAUUUGGUGUUGCAGCUAGGAGCGUAAACUGUACCUAGUGGUGCGUUCAAGGGCAGAGGAUGUGAACAAAAAGAUGUGAAUUUACCUCUUUUAAAAUGUAGUGAAAAUGCUGCUUGUUUCAGUCUGUCUAUGACUCAACAGCAGACAAGCAGAUUUCCCAAAAUGCCGUGCUGUUAUUCCUUUAAUUAGUAGUUCCUUGUUUUAAUGUGGGUCCAUAUGUUUCCUAGUGCAGUUUUACAUGUUUCUGUGGGACAAACCCACCUUGUUCACUGUUUCUGCCUCAGCCUCUAAAGGCAAGAAACAACUUCUCUUUCCCCCAAACACGCCCCAACUGUUGUGGCCAGCAGGUUAAUACACUGACGAGAAAGAGAUGAAGAUGAUGAUGAUGAUGAUGAGAGUCUGUGUAGAGCAGGAUGGAUGUGUGAUGGAUGGAGUUAAAACAGUUUUUACAGCAGGAGACCGAGUUUAAAAUGUUCAGGUUCAAAAUGUUUGGAGGAGAGUUGAGAAAUAAGUUGUACAGAAACGUAACAAAAUAAUUUUGGAGAAAUAAAUGAACAAAAACAGA